AUGCUCAAUACAAACGCAGCUGGUUCUUGUCCAUAUCGCCCUUUACUAAAUACAACGAACACUGACUUAAUAGUCGAUAAGUUUUGUGAUGAAAUACUAACAAAAAAUUCGCAUAUAAUUUUAGGAUUCUUUGCUUAUCAACGAACAGGUGUUUGUCGACAACUACUAUUUCAUCCAACUCAAAUUCCAACGAAUCCCACCUUAUCCCACACCGUCUCGAAACCAAAACCUGCAAUCACUGCUGCUCACGCCGUCUCCGCAACACCACCUGCAAUCACCGCUGCUCACGCCGUUUCCACAAUACCACCUGCAAUCACUGCUGCCCAAACCAUCUCUGCAAUACCGCCUGACAUUACCGCUGGCCACGCCGUCUCCGCAACACCACCUGCAAUCACCACUGCCCACGCCGUCUUCGCAACACCACCUGCAAUCACCGCUGCUUACGCCGUCUCCACAGUACCACCUGCAAUCACCGCUGCCCACGCCGUCUCCGCAACACCACCUGCAAUCACCGCUAUCCACGUCAUCUCUACAACACCACCUGCAAUGACCACUGCUCACGCCGUCUCCACAACACCACCUGCAAUCACCGCUGCCCACGCCGUCCCCACGCCUUCAACAAGAUUUACCUGA